AUGUCCGAACCAGACCAGCAGCUCCCGCCGCCGCCCGACCCUAGUGCUCCCCUCCAGGGCGCCGCGCGGACGAUUGACCGCGAGGGCCUCCUGACAAUCAUCUGGGUGUGCUUUAGCGUGGCCACAGUCUUUGUGGGUGUCCGCCUCAGCGUCCGGUGGCGCCAGAAUCGCACCUUUCUCCCCGACGACUGCUGGGUCAUCUUCGCCUGGCUAUGCAUCCUCACCAUGGCCAUCCUGCAGACGCAGCAGAUGAACGCGCUGUGGUACACGACGUAUCUCAUCGCCGGACGACUCGAUUUCACCGACGUGGAGGGUAUCAGCCAGAUGCAGAUUGAGCUGAAGCGGUGGCAGUUUCCCAUCAUCAAACUGUUCUGGACGACGCUGUGGUCCAUCAAGGCGAGCUUCCUAGCACUCUUUUACCGGGUGAUCAGGCCGUUGCCCGUGCUGCGAAGGCUCUGGUAUUGUGUCUGUGUGUUUUGCGCGCUGGCUUACAUUGGAUGCUGGCUGGCCAGCGCUCUGACCUGCACGCCCCCGGGUCAAUAUUUCAAGGCUGGUGGCUGCGACUCGGACAGAGACGUCUGGAUGCAGCGCUUCAACGUCCUCUACUCGACGUCCGUCGACAUAGCCAGCGAUCUCAUGAUCAUGGCACUCCCCAUCAUGGUCCUGGCCUCCCUCCAGCUGGACAAGCGCAAGAAGAUUGGUCUUGGUAUAGCCUUCAGCCUCGGGUUCAUCAUAAUCGCUGUCGCCAUCGUCCGCAUGUCGCAGGUCAUCGUUGGUGAUCAGGUCGACCUCAUCGGUCUCGCCAUCUGGGGCGCGGUCGAGACAGCGACUGCCGUCGUUGUUGGGUCCCUGCCUGCUCUCAAGGGUGUACUGGCCCGGUCCAUCAAGAACUACCAAUCAACCAGGCGCACGGGCGGCAAGGAUGCGACCGGUAGUGGUAGUAUGCCAGUUAAUGGGUAUGCGCACGAGUCGAGGGGGAGAACAGUGCUGAUCACCAACUCCAUUCCCUUGGAUGACGUGCAUGAAAGCAGUCACAUCGAUGGCGGCAUCUUUGUGCGUAAGACAUAUGAGCAGCAUGUAGAGCAGAAGGCGCUGUCCUGA